AUGAUCCCGCGAAAGUAUCAAUAUAGAACUGACAAUGGCCACAUGUUUAUGCUAAUCAUAGAUUCUCAUUCGAAAUGGCCAGAAAUUAUUGUCAUGAGAAAUAAUACGCAAACAUGCAAAGUAAUCGAGCAAUUUAAAAAAUUAUUUGCGCGUCAUGGGCUGCCAGAACAUGUGGGCAGUGAUAAUGGCCCUCAGUACACUAGUACGAAAUUAAAACAAUUCUUAAAAGUAAAAGAAGUGAGGCAAUCUUUCUCGCCUCUGUUUCACCCCGCUACAAAUGGAGCGGCGGAAAAAUUCGUAAAAUAUUUCAAGGAUAAAGUAGGAAAGAUUGUAAAAUCUGGUCAUUCACUUGAAUAUUCUGCGAAUUUAUUUUUAUUCGAUUAUAGAACCUCUGAGCAUUGUACAACAGGAAGAUCACCAGCAUUUCUUAUGUAUAAACGUGAAUUACGUUAUCAAUUCGACCUGCUUAAACCGAGUAUUGAAGCUUCCGUUGAAGCGCAACAAUUUGCACAUCAAAAUGCGAAAGAGACAAGUCGAAAAUGCGAAUUAGAGAUAGGAGAGACUGUUUAUGUCAAUGAUUAUAGUAAUUACACUAAAGGUAAAGUAGCAGCAAAGAUCUUACGACGAUUAUCUCCUGUUACAUUUCAAGUAGAAACAUAUAAUGGUUUAAUUUGGAAACGUCAUAUUGAUCAAAUUAUUCAAACUAAGAACCUUCAGAAGGGAGAAGAAAGGAAAAUAAGUGAGAAAGGCCAGGAGGUAAAUGCUAGAAGAUCUGAAAGACUAAAGAACAAGGAAAAGAAUUAA